CUCUCUCUCUCUCUUUCUCUGUUUUUUUCUAUCUUUCUCUUUUACCCUCUCCAUCUCACUCCUCUGUAGCUGCUUCCAUCACCAGCUCUGCUCGGAAUUUUAGCCCUGUACAAACGACAUGACGUGCGUAUAACAAGUACCUAUGUAUUUGAUAUGUAUUUGCAUACCAAUACCUAUGUACUACGCGUGUGCGUGCUAGUAAGUUCCUCACUCAUUGCUUCACCCUCGCAUUCGUCUCUCGCGUAAGCUUCCUCUAAUCAUCGGCAUCGCCUCAUCCUCGCUCCUUCUUAUUCUCUUUUAUCCUCGCGAGAGAGAUAGACAGAGAGCGAACUGAAUGAUGUCUCCUUCUUUCCUAUUGCGUCCUGAAAUUUCUUACCUUCCUUCUACGUUCACGACUACUGUCUUCGCGAUCGCGUGACGCGCGUUGCGACCUUACCACCGAUGCUGACCAGAGUGUCAACGGCGAUCGUUCACCAAGGACGACGAUGUCUGGAAGCAGCGAUUCCGAGGAGUUCUUCGACGCGGAGGACGAUUCUUUCCAUCGCGUAUCGAAGAAAGUCAGACAGCGUGAUUCAACAAGCGCAGAGAUACAAAUUCAGGGUAUACCAGAUUCUACUAAAGAAAUAGUGGAUGAUGUUUUUGUCAAACCUGCAGACCCUAAACCAACUUCUGAUAUUAAAGAUAAUGUAGUUUUGGAAAGAGCACACAGCAAGGAUAGACUUUUAGAGGAAGAUGGAAAGGUGACACAUACGGAUAAGAUUGUGGGUAGAAGGAGAUUUCGUGAAUUGAGACAACGCAUGCAGACAGAAGAUGAAGAUAUUCCUGUCAAUAGUUCUCCUCCGGAUAGUCAAACUUCUUCCAUCGAAGGAGUUUAUCCAAUGCCUUCUAAAACGACCCACCCGUUCCGAAUAAUAGAACAUGAUACUCUCAGUCUGCAAAGUAUGACUUCUUUAGGCCGAGUAGGUCGAAUUUUAGCUGGUCCAACGGAUAAUGUUUCUGGGAUACUUGCACCAGGUGUAGCCCAGUGUUCUGGAUCGACUGUCAUUACUCGUGAAAACCAGAUGUCCUCCAUUGCUAGUACUCAAAACAAAGACGAGGAUACUGCGUCUGGUAAGCUGUCUCAGUCAUCAAGCGUCCUUACCUUAUCAGGGGAUAUCCUUCAGGAAUCCUCUGUUAACGGUAGAUGCGAUUAUGUCUCUCGUCCGCAAAGUGACAAGACUGUGAUGCUUCAAGAACCCGACGUCAUCGCGAGUACAAAAAAUAAUGGGAAGGUCUUGGAGGAUGGUACGAAAGUAGACGUGCCUGUAGCACCACCAAGACGUAAGAAGAAAUCUAAAGUGCAAACGCCUACCGAUCUUGCUCCACCUACCACAGAAAUCUUAGUACCAGCUUCUCCUUUACCAAGUCCAGCAAGUACCAUUGAGUCUAUUACAAGAGAAUUCGAACAUUCUCUUGAUAUAAGAUCUGCGACCAAAGGACAAUACGUUGUGAAGCCACAAGAUGAAGAUAAAUCAAAAGCCGAAGGACCGUCGACCGAAGAACUAGAAAGAAUAGAGCGAAUGAAAGCAGAAAUACUUAGCGUACGAUCUAGUGAUAAAUCUAGUAGUAGUCCUAUGGGAUCUAUAUCGAGCAACAGUAUCGGUCGAUAUUCUUUAGGCCCCCAUAAACUUCCUGGCUUUAGUCCACAUGGUUCUAGAGAAAGACGAAAAUCUGCUGGUGAUCAAGAUAUGGUGAAACAAUUAAAUAUGUUUGUAAGAACGCGAACUGAUUCAGGAAAACGUCUUACAGAUAUGGAGAUAUUAGAACAAGUAACUGUACUCAACUUGGAUACAGGAGAAAGAGUGCCAUUAAGCAUAGCCGAAGAUAAAUUACCACAAUGCAUUAAUCCUUUAUCUUUACAUAUAAUGAGACUUACCUCGGAGUACAUAAGUAAUUCCAGUUUGGAAAAAGAGAAAGAAAGUGAUGAGGAAAGCGUGGAUAGUAAAAUGUCGAGUAUACCACCUGACGAGGAUGUUUCAGUUGGUAGAGUUCGUAAGCGAACGCAAAAGUUAAAACGAUUUUUAGGAUCUACGGUUAAGAAAACGAUGGACAAAGCUAAGUCUAUCGCUCAGGAAGUAUCACACGCAAGACACAAAGAAGAUGUGAUGGAUAUCGUUGACGACGUUUACCCUGGGGAACAACAAUAUAUCAAAUUAAAAGCAUCCAAUAGUCACAAAGGCCCAUACGAAUUCAGUUGUUUGCAACAUGUACAAGAUCUUAGUGGUGAACACGUUGGUCCAGUCUGGUGCAUGAAAUUUUCUGCAUGCGGUAGAUUAUUAGGUACUGCCGGACAGGAUCGUGUUUUAAGAAUUUGGGUUUUAAGAGAUGCAUUCUCCUAUUUCCAAGAUAUGAGAACAAAGUAUAACGCGGAGAAGGUCAGUCCAACGCCGUCUCAAGAAUCUUUAGUAUCUCAGCAAUCUAUGGAGGAUCCUAACGUCGUAGCGAGUGCCUUCAGUGAGAUAGAAGGAACGAAGAGUCCAUUUAUGCCAAAGCCAUUCUGUACGUAUACAGGACAUACGUCGGAUUUACUAGACGUUUCAUGGUCGAAGAACUAUUUUGUUUUAUCGUCAUCUAUGGAUAAGACCGUCAGACUAUGGCAUAUAUCACGAAAGGAAUGCUUAUGUUGCUUUCAGCAUAUAGACUUUGUAACAGCGAUAGUGUUUCAUCCACGAGAUGAUCGAUAUUUCCUUUCUGGCUCGCUCGAUGGUAAACUUCGUCUCUGGAAUAUACCCGAUAAGAAGGUAGCUGUAUGGAACGAGGUAGAUGGUCAAACAAAAUUAAUUACGGCUGCUAACUUUUGUCAAAAUGGCAAAUUCGCAGUCGUUGGCUCUUACGACGGUCGAUGUAUAUUUUAUAACACUGAUCAUUUAAAGUAUCAUACUCAAAUAGAUGUACGUUCGACGAGAGGAAAGAAUUCAACCGGACGAAAAAUAAGUGGUAUCGAACCGAUGCCUGGCGAGGACAAGAUCCUAGUUACCUCGAACGAUAGUCGAAUACGUUUGUACGAUUUAAGAGAUUUAAAUUUAUCCUGCAAGUACAAGGGAUACGUUAACGUAAGCAGUCAAAUAAAAGCGAGCUUUAGUCCGGAUGGUCAAUACAUAGUAAGCGGAUCAGAAAAUCAAUGCAUUUACAUAUGGAAAACGCAUCACGAUUACUCCAAAUUUUCGAGUGUUCGUAGAGAUCGUAAUGACUUUUGGGAAGGAAUAAAAGCUCACAAUGCUGUUGUUACUUGUGCAGUAUUUGCACCAAAUCCAGAUAGUAUCAUUAAACAGAUAGAAGCGAGGGAGCAAUGGGAAGGAAAGGAUGAUUCCAAAAGUAUAGGACAUUCAAAUAUGAACAAUGCACCAGUUGAUCCUGUAGUAGAGCAACGUACUAAAGGCUGCGGUGGUCACGUACUUGUCAGCGCUGAUUUCAAUGGAUUCAUCAAGGUUUUCUUAAAUAAAACCAAACCGAAACACAGUUCGUUACCUGCUUCUGCUCUCGCGUAACGCAACAUCGUUAUUCAUAAAAAAUGAAUAAUCGAAUAGAUAUAAUAAUUAAAUAUCAAAGCAUUCUUUGUCUUUAUUCAAUAUCACGAAUCUCUGAUACAUUGUAUGAUGAUGAUGAUGAUGAUGAUGGUGAUGAUGAUGCGGUUAAACGGUAUUAAAUAACUACAAGCUGUUUAUUGGAAGUUUAUCAAACAAAUUCUAUAUGUUAUAUGCCGCGAGUAUUACCUAAACGUUAAUAGAGAACUAUUUAUCGCGUGCGAUAUACACAUAUAUUUUUCAAAGCUCUUACGUGAUAACGCCUAUUUAAAAAAAAAAAAAAAAAAAAAGAAAAAAAAAUGGAAAAAAAAAAAAAAGAAACUUAUUUUAAACGUAGCCACGAGACAUGUACGCGCGCCUAUGCAUAUAUGAUGAUAAUUCUCAUAAUAUAUACGUAUACAUAUAUACAUAUAUAUUUACUCUUUUGCCGAAGAGACUAAAAGUAUUAUUGGUAAAGCUAUGUGAUGAUGACUAUGUAAUCCUCUUUAAUCGACAUUUUUUGCAAAAAACAAACCACCAAACGAACACUCAAGCAUACACACAAAUAAGCCACACAUUUGAUAAUUUCCUAAGUAAAAUAUCUGUUUCGGUGCUGGUUCACUGUAGUCGCGUAGUCGUUAUAUUUUUAAGUAUAAACCACCAAAGUUACGUUACAAAAAAAAAUAUACACAACCGUUCUUUUACAACAAGAAAAAAUUAAAAAAAUAAUAAAUAUACGUGUCAUUUUAUUUUUUGUUUUUUUUUUUCUAUCGAAACGCAAAGAGAUGCGCAAAGAGAGCAUUUUCAUAAAAAAGCAAUGCAAAACAAAACCACAAAAAAAGAAAAAGCAAGAAGAGAAAUGAAAAAGAAAGCGUAACCAUUUUACGCUUGUAUUGCAAUGCAAUAAUAAUCGACUUAAUUAUUAGAGGAACGAUUUGAAUAAGUAAAGUUUUGCGAAUAGAUAAACUCGAUAAUUUACUGUUAAGCUAAGAAUUUUUUAAUCUGAAUAAUGAUUUCUAAAAUAUUUUUUUUAAAUCUUUAAAGUAAAUAUAUAUGGCGCAAUAUACGAAAGACAAUAUAGUAAUGUGUUUUAACGUCAAAAUGCAUUAUUAAUGUAAUUUUCUUAAAAAGUGUUCUUCGUAAAAAUACGUUUAGAAAAGAGGAAGGAGCAACAUCUUAGGGCAAUAUUGCUGCACUCGCAAUAUAUGAGAUUUUAGAUGAACGUUCGAGAUGGCUCACAUAAUUUAUUGAUCACACUAUGUGUUAAAGCACGUAAUUUAACAUCACAAGCGGUGUGAAAGCAAGCAAGCAAGCAAACAAACAAACAAACAAAAAAAAGAGAAAAAACAAAAUUAAAAAAAAAAAAAAAACAUAUAUGGUUAUUCCUGUGCAUUAAACGUUUUAGUAUAGAAAUUGUCACGUGCUCACGACACUCGCUAAUUAGUAUUGGUCAUGGUGUAAGAUAAUGUAUGUCAUUCUUAUCCGGUGGUAGUAUCGUUGUCUGCGAAAUAUUAUACAUUUCGUGACCUGUCAAUUAUAGAGAAGCAGAUAAUAAAGUUUUUAAGAAGAAGCGCAAAAUGAUUAACAAUCUGCGAAAAAGACAGUGUGAUAUAAUUCUGCAGAAGAAGACUAUAUUAGAAAAAAAUUUGUACUUCUUUUCGUUUUCUACACGAAAUAAAUUCAAACAGAACGAUCAUUGGCUGUUUAUAUAAUUAAUUAUUAAAUGACUAUGAAAAGAACACACGACUUGGAUAUUAUCAAUAUUAUUUACAGAGUACGACGACAAUUGGAACAGCUCGCGGAUUGGCUAUAACGUACAACAUAUUUUAAUUAUAUUGUAAUUUAAAUGUAAAUAUGCAGGAAGAAGGAAUGUAGGUAUUUUGUGUAAAUGCAAUUGUAAAUAUUAGAUAAAAUAAAGAUCAAAUUAUCGUAC